AUGACGGAUCCAAACAGCGAAGCUGCCUUGCAGCGUGUGGAUAAUCCCAACAUCAAUGAUGUUCUGUGUGGACGAGGUGGAAGCAUCAAUUCCCAUGCUGGAAACGAACACUUUCGUCAGCUUGUUGAAAAGAGGAAAAGGGUGUACUUGACGGCUCGUUUCAAGCGCGAAAAGAGAUUGAUUGCAUCAUCAAUCGUAUCAGAAAUUAGAGCCCUUGACCCUCAAGGUAGAUUUCUUGCAAGGAAGGGAGGCAAAGAUAACGGUUUUUGGUACGAUAUUGGUGAUGAAAAGGCCAGAGAUAAAACCUCCCAGGCAUUGCGAGAAAAUGCUCCGUCGAUUCGAGCAGAAAUAGAGACAGAGAUCAACGAGCAACGGAGGGAGAUGAAGGAGAAAGACGAGAAGGAACAAAAGGAAAAAGGGGUCAAGGCUCCUCCACAACCUCCGGCACAACCACAACCUGCUCCUUCUGCAUAUCAUCAUCCACCACCACCGGCACCACAUGGAUACUAUGAUCCAAGAGCGUACUGGGACUAUUAUUACUACUACUAUCAUGGGUAUGCACCGCCAUCAGCUCAUGGACGACCUCCUAGUGCUGUACCUCCAUAUCCCCAUCCAACACCGCAACAUCCAGGGCAUCCGCCUCCCGGAGCGUUGGCUGGGCUUCCGCCACCGCCACCACCCCCACCAGGUACGCCAAUACCUCCACCACCAGCAGGAUAUCCAUGGGGUGCUCCAGGGGCCAUGCCUCAUCCCGGAGCACCUCCACAUUCACACCCACCACAACCUCCAGCACCUCUUCACAUGAAUCAACAUCAUCCAAACGCACAACAUCCAAACAUGACAACGUCUUCCUCGCCACAAGCAAGUUCUGCGUCGCAGGAAGAUCACGAUCAUGAAAUGGCCAUGACCUUACAACAUCAAGAAAAGCAAGCUGUUUUCGAAGAUAGGAAGCGCCGUCUUACCUCGGAUCCCGCCAACAAGCUUCGUAUGUCUGUUGCAUUCGUUUCACCCGGACACUUACCUAGAAUGCAGGCAGACUCAAAUGAUGUUGCAGGGGCUGCUGCCUCGCCUUCUUUUGAUAUGUCAUCAACAAAUAAGGAGAUGUCCCAAGAAGAGUUGGACCACCGCUUUGCUGUAGCUUUGCAAGAACAAGAAGACAAUGAACUGAGAUAUCAGAUUGAGCACACUGAUAGACGGGCAUCGAGAUCAAGUGCCUUUCCAAUGCACGGAGGAACCCGUAAUGUCAGUAGAAACAGCAUCUCUUGGUUGAAUCAAGGUGCACACGCUUCGCCCGCGCCUGCACCUGGGGCAAACAACAAUUCUUCAUCAACAUUUGAGCAAAUUUUGCCCACAUCUUUCAUGACUUGGACGAAGACUCUUGCCAAUGGCCAAAGCACUCAGGACGAAAGUGGUCAGAACGAGAAACACGUGCCUCUUGGAGCAGACGGAACGUACUCUCCUAUCCACCUUGAAGACAGUGCACAAUCGCAGAUGAUGCCACCAACAACAAGGCACAUGUUGGACUCUUCUGUCGGAUCAUGGGAAAACAGCAAUACAGGUCUUAUGGAAUCAUCCGACGGCAAUUUCCGAGUGCGGAUUGCUCACAUUGCAUCGCCCAAGAAGCAGAGAGCUAACCCAUCGUCUCCUGGACUUCGAAUACAUGCACUAGACAACUCUGGGGAGGGACAAGAAGUAGAAUUGAUGGAUGUACGAGAUGAACCUGGUCUGCCUCCUCUUGACAAGCAGUUUUCGAGAGUGGGAACAAGUGGUUUCUUGCCGGAAUCGAUGCCGAGUUCCAACUUUUAUGAUGGAAAAAAGAACGGAAACAUCUCUCCCACUCAGAGUUUGGAUAUGGACGAAUCUGGAAAUUCGAAUUUGUCUGGACACGGGUCCCUUGGAGGGCAAUCGCUCUGCAACAUUUUUGCAGAAAAAGAUGCGACUCCAGAUGAGAUCAUUCAUCGAGUUCUGCAGCAGGUUCCUUCCUGGGAACGCAGUAUGCGAAGUCGUUCUCCGCUUUCAAUGAGUGAUUAUAUUGAAGAAGGAGAUUCCAUGAUUCGUGUUCGAAAUGCUUCCAUUGAGAAACCACUUGCACCGCCGAUGGAGCCAAUCAAGGACGAUCCCAACGAAGCGGAAUCCGGUAUGGAUUGGGAGUAA